AUGCAACUCUCGAGAGAAAUAGGAUUCUUCCAUGGAAACAUUUUCUUGCUUAGUAUCAUGAUAGGGUCAGGAAUCUUUGUGUCUCUUAAAGGGGUGUUGAAAUACUCCUCACUGAACAUACCUGUCUCCCUGAGUAUUUGGGCUGCUUGUGCCUUGCUGAAUAUGAUCACAGCUCUCUGUCAUGCAGAGCUAGGGACCACCUUCCCUAGAAGUGGAGCACCUUAUUAUUUCCUCAAAAGAUCUCUUGGAUCUUCUGUUGCUUUCCUCAGUCUUUGGAUCAAAUUAUUUGCUUUUUCUUUAGGAAUAGGUGCUCUAAACUUGUUAAUAUCUAGCUAUAUAAUUCGGCCUUUCUAUGCCGGAUGCCCAGCUCCAGAGCUACCGAAGAAAUGUCUAGCUUUGACUAUGUUGUGGUCACUGGGAAUUCUAAAUGCUCAAGGGAUGGUAACAGUGGCUUGGUUUCAGACUAUCAGUACUUUGGUGAAGAUGGCUGUUCUUUGUUUCAUCUCCAUAACUGGGAUUGCACCGUUGGUGACUGGGAAAAAGGAGAACCUGGCUAGGUUUGAGAAUGCUUUGGACGCUGAAUUUCCUAAUGCUUCACAGGUUGCUGAAGCCCUUCUCCAGGGAUUUUUUGCAUAUUCUGGCUCUUCAAUCCUGAUCAACUUAGCAGGGAGAGAUAAAAACCCUGCUAAAAAUAUUCCCAAAUCUCUGAUUACUACCAUUUCUGGGGUGACUGUGAUUUACUUAUUGGUGAAUAUAUCCUACCUGGCAGUUUUGACCCCCAAGGAAAUCAUCUCUUCAGAUUCUGUUGCUGUCACAUGGAUGGACAAAGUAUUCCCUUCUAUACAAUGGAUCAUUUCUUUGGGGAUUUCAACUUCAUUAUUUGGCAACACUUGUUCAAUACUUGUAAUAUCAAGGAUAUUCUACACUGCAAGCCAAGAAAGACAACUGCCUUUGAUCUAUGCUAUGCUUAGUAACCACCUCUGUCCAGCUGUAGCUGUGAUCCAGAUAGUCCUUUUAUCUUCUUUUAUUAUUAUACCUUCAGGUUUAAUCAAUUUAAUAAGAUAUGUGGGAUUAAUGGGCUGGACUAUAAGUGGGCUACAAAUGAUUGACUUACUUAAACUAAGGUACCAGGACUCCAAUUUACAUAGACCUUAUAAG